UGAAGUUUAAAAACACUUAAAGAAAUAGAGAUAUAAUGACUUUUCGAUUUGCGUUCUUCCUUACUCUGGUGUAUUUAUACGGGUAUAAAUAAACAUGAAUAGUUACCCUAGAUAAAGAGUAAUCGAAUUUAUAAACAGAUCGAAUGCUUACACUGGGUCUUCAUCGAUCCCAGAUGCGGACGGAAAUUUCCAUGUGUACCAGUUGCCUGUAGGACAGGGUGAUGCCUAUUUGUUGCAGUGUCCUUCUGGUCAGUUGUCAUUUUUCGAUUUGGGUUCGUCAGAGGAUGCAUUAUCUGGAUUUUGGAGAGAAAGCGACAUUAAAGUGUACCUUGGCUCUCAACUUUCAAACGUAAAAAAUAUUUUUAUAACUCACAAUCAUUUCGACCAUUACAGUCUUAUACCCGGUACUUUUACGGAUGCCAGAAAUCUUGAGAACAUUUACUAAUUCUCUUUCAAAAGUGAGAGAAUUCAACAGCGGGGAUCAUUGUGGAGCAAAUGGCGUGUCAUGUAAUGCAGUUGAUUUAUGUCCAGCUUUCGAUGGGGUUGUUGGUGUUGUUAUGAAUGUAAAUGCCGGACAAAAUUGUGAGGAUGGAAAUAAGAACAUUGAUUCUAUUGUAAUGAAGGUAACCUUUAAUGAGGUUUCGGUCCUUCUUACAGGAGAUUUUGAAGAUGAAACUACCAGUGCAAGCGAACAAGGCACAUAG